UGUUCCUCAGGAAAUGAGGUUGCAGCAGUCGUAGUGUGAGAGACGGGCGGUUUGAAGAAACCACGUGAUGAAUCAUACUUCCUGAAACAGUCGGGUCUCGACCCUCCGUGUCUCUUCCUUUCUAAUCAGUGAAACACAGAGAUGGCGAGUACGAGAAUCACGAACCUGCAGAGCGCCGUGAAGCAGCCGCCGCUGAUUCAUCCUCCGCAGCGCAGCACGCCGUCGGGAGCCGUGCAGAUGCGCAUUAAGAGCUCCCAGAGCUCCGGAGACCGCCUGAGUCAGUCCAAGUCCAUGGUGCUGCAGGAGUCGGACCUUCCUCAGAAACCUAUCUCUCGGCAUCGCAGGAAUCAGUCUCAGCACAACGUCUUUGUUGCAGGAGGAGGAGCUGCCAACUUUGAACCGCUGGUGGAGCUGAAAGGUGAACACCUCAACAUGGCUAAAAUCUCAGAGAGCGGUAAGAAGCAAAGGAAGAACUGGACCUUGAUGUGGAGCGUACUGACCUCAGACCGACUGCUGUUCUAUAAAGAGAAACAACAAGAAACUAGCCUGAAACCAGGAGGUAAGACAGACGUGGUUCAGCUAUGUGGAGCAGUUAUUGAAUGGACAACAGAGAAGUCCAGCAGGAAAAAUGUUUUCCAGAUCACAACAAACACAGGAAGUGAGUACCUCCUUCAGGCCGACAGUUACUCCACCGCCAGUAAAUGGUACGACGCCAUCAGAAGGGCUGUUGACUCUUCAACUAAACUUCCUCUGCAGAGAUCAAACAGCACAGAAUACCUGCCCAGACACUGCUCCCUACCUGGAUACGGCUCCGCCUCCCCCAACGCCAAGCAACGCAACCCGGUCAACAGACGCUCCCUCAGUAUGUUCAGCAGCUCCAAGCUGAAACACAGCACCUCCGACAGCGCCGACAAGAAUGGAGUGAAGAACAGACUGAAGAAGUUCAUUACCAGACGUCCAUCCAUGAAGACUCUGCAGGAGAAAGGCCUCAUCAAAGAUCGGGUUUUCGGCUGCCAUCUGUUGACACUCUGUGAACGUGAAGGAACCACAGUGCCGAGGUUCGCUCAGAUCUGUUUGGACGCCAUUGAGAAGCGAGGUCUGGAGGUCGACGGGAUCUACAGAGUUAGUGGAAAUCUGGCCACAGUCCAGAAACUUCGCUUCAUCGUCGAUCAGGGUCAGUUCAACACAAACUGUCUCCUACAAUUAUUACAUUUAAAUUCUAUUAAUUUACAACAGGACAUCUGUUUGAACAGAAACAUAACUGCACCAGGAUUCUGUUGCAUCAACAUAAUGAUGAAAUAUUGAUAAUAUAUCCGUUAAUCUAGUUCUCACAUCGUACGCUCGUAUCAAACAGAUCCUAUAUAUAGAUAUAUCUAUAGGAUCUAUAUAGAUA